CUUACGGUAACCACGCUCUCCCUCCUCACCCUAACCCAUCUUCUCAACCCGCAGAGUUCCCCUCCCUGGAGCUGAAGAGAAGACCUGCUGCUGGAAAGGAGGUUUGGAUUUGUGCAAAAAGGAGGACCAGAAGUUUUGCAUGGAGAUACGUGAUGACAGAAGUUUUCUGAAGUGAACCAGAUGCCAACUCAGUGGCUUCUCUAAACACCCAGCUCUCCUCUUUUUGAAUGGAUCAACCUGAGUGCCAUGAAGCGCACGUUUACAUUCAGAGGAAUGCUGAUCUUGAUCUUUGCAACCUAAAAUCUUUCAAUGGAAAUGCAAAUAUGAUAAAACAAUAAUAACAGUCUGGACCAGAAUCAAGUCAGGACACCCCCCCUACUUGUAGGCACAGGGAGUUGUGAUGAUUUUCUGAGGAAUAAGCAGGAGUCCUGCCUUUGCUCCUCGCCUGUGAUGAUGAUGGACUUACCCAGCUAGCACUUGCCUGUGGAGGUCAGCUGAAGACGACGCCACGCAGCUAAGUCUGGAUUAGCCGGCCGAACGAGUUUCAAUGCUCCUCCACGUUCUAAGAUGAAGUUAUGGAAAGGUGCUACUUUUGCCUUCAUGCUCUGUGGUGCAGCCCUGUCCAUCCUCCUCGUUAGAAACAUGGCCACUAUCGGACAGUUCAAACCUAAGACAAAAUACCUGUACAAAUAUUCAUCCUCAUCAAGACAGUCUUCAUCAUCAGAAUCAACAACCAAGACCUCACCGCCAUCACCCUCAUCAUCAUCAGCAGCAGCAGCAGCAGCAGCAGCAGAAUCAGCAGUGUUGUCCCGGCAGACGGGUGGUCCUCAUCGGAGACCUCGCUCAACAGACGACAUGAACUCUCUCCUCUCAGAGUUUUCCAUGAUGUUCCAGAGCUUCACAGAGGGCGAGCUUCAGCAUGUGGUUGGGACCUUGCUCGACAGGAAACGAAGGAAGAGCAGACGCCUGGGUGAGAACCAGGCCCGAAGGACUAAAAGAGCCCGGAGGCCUAAACCUUGCUCUGUGAGGGAGCUGGAGCUCACCGUGAGUGAACUGGGUCUCGGCUAUGAGAGCGACGAGACGGUGCUGCUGCGCUACUGCAGUGGCAAAUGCACGACCCACCGGCACAACUAUGACAUCACUAUGGAGCACAUGAUGCGGACGGGCUUCAGGAAGAAGGGCCGCAAGGACAAGGUCAGCAAUGGGCCCUGCUGCCGGCCCAUUGCUUUUGAGAAGGACUUUUCCUUUCUGGACAACAAGAGCCGCUAUCACACAAUACAGAACGUGUCAGCGAAGAACUGUGGGUGUGUAUGACCCAGAGACAUGGACCUCUUCAUGCUGCUCUCGUCCUCCAGUGGAAGAGUUGCACGUGAAUGCUGUUAAAAGACAAAACAUGGAAUAUAAUCUCAAGCAAAAGACAAAAGGGCGGGAAUGUGUUUAUGGCUGCUCGAGGGCAGCCUUUUUAUGACAGGCAGGCUUGACUCUUUUUUGGGCGUCUGUCAACACAAAUUGGAACCGAGUCACAUUUACAGCAAGUGCUGUGUUUGUGUGGAUUCCAUGUAAAGAGACAGAAAAUGACUGCUCACACCAAAUAUGUUUUUAAUAUCUUUUCUAUCUGUGUAGUAACACUGUAAACUGUGGUGUAACAACAAUGUAGCAACGUUAUGUCUGUGAUAUUACAUUUGAGUCGUAGUACAUGCGAUAGAUGAGCUAUGAGUCACAAGGGACUAUAUUAUUGCUGUCACUACACUUCAUAUCCAUGGGCACUCCCUUCAGUAAAUCCACAUCUUGUAGUUUACAUGAUAAAUGGUGACAGAAAAUCACCUUCAGACAGGAAAGUGCUCAAAAAUCAAUUCCAAAGCCAUAUAUAAAAUAAAAUAAUAUAUAAUACACCAAUGUUUACUUUAAACUCUGCACAGACAAUUGGACAACUGACCUAAAAUGUAAUCUAGUGAUCAGCUGUUUCCAGGAAGUGUAUUGACCUAAAGGUGUGUUGAGUUAUUGUUAUCAGGGAUCAUGACUGCGACCUAUUUCCCUGCAUGUAUGCAUUGCUGUUAUUCAUCGCAGUGUUAUUACACAGGUGAAAGAAACAAGUUUUGUUGAUACAAAUUUGACGAUGAAAGAAAAUUCCUUUCCUAUAGCUCCAGGUUUGAAACCCACCUUUAAUUAUUGUGUAUAUUGAUGUGUAGAUUAACAACGAGGACUGGUUUCAAAACACAUAAAUACUCUCUCACUGGAACAACGUGAAAAUUGAUCCCAUCUGCUCUCCGUAGAAUAACUCAUCACACACACUCAUCACAAGAAAUUGUCAUUUCGGGUCUGUCUUUUUAUACUUUCCCCAAAUAACCCAUUAUUGUAAUUACCCAUGAUCCUCUGGAAUUAUGUUCCACAAAGAAUUGCCAAAACACACCAAGUCAAUUCAACACGCGUGACGAAUUCACAAACGUAGAUUCGCAAAUAUCUCACGUCUCAAGUUCCAGGUGAUAUAACCUCUUUAAUAUCGUCUCUGGAUGUAAUUUGUGAAUGUUUACACUCUUAGCUAAUCUGAGGCUCAGGUGUGAAAGAGAAGAAGAAUGGUUUUAGUGAUCAGUAGUGGCAUGACUUUUUUUUUCCUUGCUGACGGAAAACUAUGACGUAGAGUGAGGAUCUGGAAAUGUGUUUGCACCCAUCCAUAAGACCCUGUAACUUGCUAUGAUCCAAAGCCCACAGUGCAGCCUUCUAUUGGCCCGUCGAAUGCCUCCUUGUUGUAUUGCCUGUUAGACUCUUAGAGGAAAAAUAAGCUAUUGAAAUGAAUUAUGAAGCAUCUUUUUUCACCUUUUAAAAACUUUAUUUGGUUUGAACCCAUUGCAAGUGUUUGCCUGAAGUACAGUAAAUUAUGUUUUUGUUUUGUUUUUUUUCCUGAGGAGGUGCAGUUGUGGGGUGCGGAUGCGGUGCAUCUUUAUUGUAGUUUAUAUUGUAUUUAUUUGGGAAGUAAAUUAUGGUUUUGCAUAUUUAUUUAGAUUAUCACACAGAAACGGGACAGCUUAUCAUUAAGCAACUGUGCCAAAAAAUGUUUUAUCUAACAUUCUAUAUUGACUGCUGAAUAAACAUAAUUUCAGUGGUA